AUGGCUUCAUCAACAGAACGAAAACCGUGCAGAUACGGUGGUCGAUGUUUAGAUAUUGACGAAAAAAGACAUGUUCAAGAAUUCGACCAUCCGUCCUAUUGUCCAGAUGGAGGACAUUGUCAAAAUACGACAGAAGAUCAUGAAAAAGAAUAUCGUCAUGUAUCAAUGUGCCCAGAUUUAAAUCAAUGUACGCAUUUUCAGAGCAAGAAUAAAACACAUUGUACUCAAUAUCGUCACUGUCAACCUAAAUGUAAACAUGGAAGUUACUGCGCCAAUUUUCAUGAUAAAGAUCAUAUCAAAAGAUACAAACAUCCAUUUCCUCAGCCAUGUCCGUUGAGUCCGUAUCACUGUGAAUUAUAUAAUAAAUCAUUGAAACCAGCCGAAUAUGGUGAAUCAUCACGUGAUGUCGAGCAACAUUGUCGUGAAUUUGCUCAUAUAUGUCACUUUGGACGUAGCUGUAAGCUUGAAUCACCAUUACAUUUAGAAAAGUCGAUUCAUGUACCGCGUUUACUUUGCACAUUUGGUACGGAAUGUGCCAGGCUUUUGCAAGAGGAGCACUUAAAUAUGUUCACUCAUUCGGAUAUUCGUGACAUUCGAAUUUUAUGUAAACAUGCCGAUAAAUGUCACAGUCGUCGAGACCCUAAGCAUGUAGUUAAAUUUCGUCAUGCAAUGGCACUUCAAGAUAGUGGUAUUGUUCCUUUCUAUCAUUUGAAUAAAAACAUUGAUUUUGAACAAAAUCAAUCAAAUAACAUAGCAUACAUUAAUAAUUAUGUAGAGCGUGAAAACUGGGAACCGUUACCAUCCGGAUCGAUACCACAAGAAAUCAUUGAAUGGUUACGUACUGUGCAACCUGUCCAUCGCUGUAAUCCUGAAAUAUUUAAAUCAAUUCUUAUUCAUGGGCAUGUCAUGAGUCGAGAAUAUAUGGAAGCAUUGAAAGAUCCCGGUUUCACUGCUAAUUCUAUCCUUCAUCAUAGUCGCAUUCGACGAAUCGAUGCUUUAAAAGUGCCCAUAUAUGCAGAAAGUGCAAAGAAAUAUAUCACUGCUCUGGUUGCCGAAGAAUAUGAAAAAAAUGGAUUCUUGAAAAUGCAUUCGAAUGAAAAUGCAGAAGAAACUCAAUUCUUAUCAUCUGAUAAUUCGAUUUCUACUUCUCGUUCAGAUUUUAUUGACAAGGAAUGUGUUUAUCUUUCGCAUAAUAUUUCUUCUGAUGAUAUGAAUACAAUUCAUAAGAAAACAACUGAAAUAGCUCAAGCUUCUAUGAAACUUAAAUUGAACCCUACUGGAAUUGGUUAUGAUCGAGAUAAACAAUUAGGAACAAAUAAACAUGUUUUUAGUAUUCUUGGACCCCAUUUAGGUCAUAAUUAUGGUGAUGUAUUUAUUGUUUUCAAACGUGAAAUCUUGCAUCAUCCUGAUGCAAAUUUUUCUCUACAAGCAGCAACAUCAUUUGUCAGUGGCCGAACUUAUAAAUGGCGUCCAUGGCUUGGAAUUGCUCCCGAGUCGAUUGAAGAAAGAAUUAAAUUGUAUCAUGAUUCGAAACUGCACGCUUCAAUUCCAGAUUAUGAACGUGCCAGUGCUCUUGAACUGAUAGCUACAGCAAGUUAUUUUCUACAAAAGAAAACGAUGAAUAUUGAUCUUAAAACGAUUAUCGAAUGUUGGCUUCAACUUGAUUCGCAUCGAGCAAUUGAAGCUCAUUUACCUCAACUUAUUCCAUUGAGUUAUAUCGAUCAUAUUUACGUCGCACAAAAUAUAUUUGAAUGGCUCGACAGUGAUGAUGAUACUCGGCGAGCAAUGAUUGCUGUUUUCAAAGAUCGUAUAACAAUAACACCACAUCAAGGUGAAAUCGGAACAGCAGAAAGUAAAUUUGGGCCGAAGCCAAGUUCCGCAUUGCGAGCUGAAUAUCAAGAUUUCGUUAUCAAAGAAUUAAUCGAACGAUUUGGUAAGCAUGAAACGGCCUUACAUUCAACAUUUCUGCAAGGUUGCGCAAUUACAAUCCCAUCAAGUAAUUUUAAAGAUAAUUUCAUCUUGCCUCUGACGAUUUCACAAUUUCAUGCAGAACAACGUCUUGCUGAAAUGUCGAAAAAUAUGACGAUUUAUAUUUAUUGGCAAAUGAUGAAUGGAGAUAUGAUGUUGACAUUAUCAAAUGAACAGAUUAAUUCCGCUGAGCGACAGCCAAAUCUUCGCUGUUUGAUUUGUUAUGUUGCACCAAAGCCAAGAUAUAGAGACUCUAAUUAUCAUGAGCAGCCUUCUUAUCUAAACUUCGGUCUACCAUCUCAGCAUCAUACGUUUAUUCAUGAAGAUAAAUAUGCAGCUAAAUCAACGGUUUUCUAUGUUGGAUGUAAUACAGAUGAUUUUAUGACAUGUUGUCUGGAAAUUCAGUGUUCAACCAAUACUAUUACACUCUCUCAUGCUGGUCCAAAUGCAAUCUACAAUCAUGAAAGAAUCUCUCAUUCAUUUGCAAAAUCAGAUCUCGAUCUAAACGCAUUGAAAUUUAUUCAUGUUAGUGCUGGAAUUCAGACAGUGCCUAUUCGAAAUAUGAUCGUUUGUAAAGAGAAAAAAUUCUAUCUACACAUGUCGUACGAUAAAAAUUUCAGCCGUAGCUCUGGUUUACCUGUGACAACGUUGCCAAAUAGAAAAUCAAACUUCUUUGAAUAUUUUACUCGAAUGAUAUUGCAUACAAAAAAUGUAGAAGAUGAGACGAAGAAAUCAUCGUUUAACAAAGCCUAUGAUCCUGUGCGGGCGUCUUGUCCUAAAAGCAUUGAUUGUCCUAUUCAAUUUUCCAAUGAUGGAAAAGAUCAUAAUUCAAAAUUUUCGCAUCCAUGUCGCUUCGCUGAGCUAUGUCGAGAUCCUGAGGCUCAUCUAACACACGAAACUCGCCAAGUAACUACUUGUGAGUUAGAUAAAAAUUGCCAAUCGUUAUGUGAUCCAAUUCAUCGAGCCCUUUAUCGUCAUACAGACUUGCCAUAUUUUUUAAUUCCUUGUAAAUUUCAAGCAACCUGUACAGAUGUGUCAGACAAACAUUGUAUAAAAUACUCGCACGGCCAAAGAGUUUUAGAAGAAAUACAAGCAACAGUAUAG